AGCCGAGUCACCCAACAUGAAGUUCGUCCUGCUUGUUGGAGACUCCCACCUUCGGGCCAUCGCCGACGGGUUUGUGGGGAUGCCGGACCGACUGCUGUCCUUUGGCGUCCUGUCCGUCCCUGGGGCGUCGGCAGUUGAGUUGCGUACUGAGGUGCUGAAUGCUGUGCUGCCUCGCGCACCCGAGGCGGUCUGCAUUUUAGCACCCAGUAACGACUUGACUGCCAGCAGGACUGUCACUGAGGCAGGGGUCGCAUUUGGUAAGCUCCUGCUGACUGCCUGUGCUAUCUGGCCCAACGUCUGUGUUCUGGACUUCCCUCCCCGUCUGACCAUGGAGCUGGCCCUGCAGGACCUUCUGCGCCAGGAGUACCACCGUGUGGCUGCACGUAUGGGUGUCAGGUACGUCUCUGCCACCGACCGCUUUCCGCUGACACAACCUGACCUGUGGUGUCCUGACGGUGUCCACCUCAGUGACGACGGGAUGGUGAGGCUUGCAGAGUUGCUGCGGCGGGCCCCUUACCAGCAGCUGCUGGAGUCCGCAGUCCCAAGGGCCCAGACGCCUCCCAGGACGUCGCCUCCUGCCAGACGUGUCUCACCAAAAGUGGUUGUGAAGGGCGUGGUCACCACGCCACGUCCAUCCAGCCCUUUUGAGUGGACAUGUGUUGGGCAGACCAAGAAGAUGGACCAGCCAGCGGAGCCUGCACAGCAUGUGGACGUGGGGGUGCAUCCGAUCCCACUAAAUCCUGUGUGGUUUAGUCCGGCGAUCUUGGAUGUGAUGGAGAAGGCCGUUCCAGCCCACCUUCCCAGUGCUGUGGAGUGCGCAGCUCGUCCGGACGGCAGGAAGGUAAUGUUGAUGCAAAUUUCAUCUUUUCAUUGAGGCGUCUUUAAAAAGUGUCUCCCUCUUCCUGUUUAUAUUGUCUUUGAGCUAAGCCACAAAUAUGGUGUGAAAAAAGUCUGUAUGAUUUUUGUUCCACCAGAAGUUGACCGUGGAGCGCCAGGAGAGACGUGAUGCCUCCAAGAGGACACCGCAGAAGCAGCAGGUGGAGGCACCGGCCGUGGAGGAGUCCUCCAAGCCAGCACCUCGCAGUCCUAGGAGAGCGGUGGUAACUGAGGAGCCUGGUGCGUCUGGCCCUGCCCAGCCACAGGAGUCUACCUUCCAGGAACGUCCAAGCCAGGAUCCUGCCGUCGGUCCGAGCCAUCGCACUCAAUCGGUGAGGGCGUCGCAUUCCCAGAAGGAUAAGAGGGCAGAGACCGGAAGCUGAAGCACCAAGAGGCUAGGACUAGCCUGCGUGCCAACGUAAUGGGCGGGCUGAGUCUAAACCAUGGUGCUGCCCCAACAGUUUUUGCCCAAUCAGAAAGUUGCACAUUCAUAUUAUAAAACUCUGUGUAAAAGUAAGUUAGGCAUCCUUUUCUGGGAGGUGGUUACAACUAACCUGUGAUUUCUGAACAGAGAUGGUCGAUGUACAUCAUUUACUCUUUCAUUAUUGUCUUAAAUAAAUAGUCAAAAGGAUUUUACUCUCCUCUCAUCUGUUCUGCAAAAAAACGAACUCUAACAGUGUGCAUGAACUCUUCAAGAAAACAAACACACAAUCCUCUAUCAAGUAUGUCAUCACAAUCAUCCGGCAGUAGUCCCGUGGCACUCCAAAAUU